CGGGUUUCAAGAAUGUUAGGAUUUCAAACUAGGGGUUCAAAACGGUUAGGGUUUCAAAACUGGGUACGGGUUUCAAGAAGUGAGGGUUUCAAAACAGGGUUAGGAGUUGUGGCACAAGGCAUCCACCAAGAAGGGGGCAUCCAAUGGGCAUGGCUUGCGCCACCCUAUCCAACUCCCAUUUUUGCGGCAACAAUGUUGUAAAAAAAUAAAUAAAAAUACAACACGUCCUAUGUGCUAAGAAGGAAUUCCUAUACUUUAAAAGCUUAUUUAAUGUUAAUCUAAAUGCGCCUUUACUUUGAAGUCUGACUCCGGAUAUGGCAUCUGCACGACCUUUAUUUUGAAGUGUCAGAGCGGAUGUGCAGCGCUGCAUGCAACUUGACACCGGUGCGCUGCUCUCGUUCAUCCAUGAAAACGGACUCCCGAGACCGACCUGACACCGCAGCAGCCUCAGUGGUGUCCUCUCGCUCACGUUGGCUCUUUUCUUCGCUUCAGUGCGGACCGGCAGCCAGGAUGAUCCCAGUGGGAGAAUUCCGAAACAUCGGCAUCGAGCAGAACUCCAAGUACCGCGUGCUGAAGCCGUGGUGGGAUGUUUUUUCCGAGUACCUGUGCGUCGCCAUGCUCAUGAUCGGCGUCUUUGGAUGCACCUUGCAGCUCACCCAAGACAAGAUCGCUUGCCUGCCGAGUCCCUUCACCAGUCCGACGCCAAGCGCCAUCGACUGCAGCCACAUCCGCAGCUAUGGCAACAACCAGACGUGGGAGAGCAUCAAUUUAAAGCCGACCAAUCCCAUCAUACAAGAGGUGCUCGGUCGCAAGAAUAACCUGGACAUCCACCAGUAUGUCUUCAUCAACCACUACUGCUACGAGCGCUUUGUGCACUGGUACGCUAAGUAUUUCCCAUACCUUGUGGUGAUCCACACCAUGAUUUUCAUGGUAACCAGCAGCUUUUGGUUCAAGUUCCCCGGGACUUCCUCCAAACUUGACCUCUUUGUCACCAUCCUGGGAAAAUGCUUUGACUCCCCCUGGACCACGAGGGCCUUGAGUGAGGUUUCUGAGGAAAGAGGUGAAGAAAAGCUGUUCAGUUGGAGGAGAAACACUGUAUCCAAAGAUCCCGCGGAGCGACGAUUCGACGAGGAGGAGACCAUCUUGCUUCAGCGGACCUUGUCGUCAAAGUCUAAUCCAGAUAAAAAGACUCCAGAGUCUCAGUCGGCUCCGUCUGUGUUGGAUAAAAAGGAAGGAGAGCAGGCUAAGGCCCUGUUUGAGAAGGUGAAAAAGUUCCGAACUCACGUCGAGGAGGCAGACAUCCUGUACAUUAUGUAUGUGCUGCAAACGUCUCUCAAGGUCUUUCAGUUCCUUUUAAUCAUUAUCUACACAGCGGCGCUGUGCCCGAACAUUGAGAUUGUGGUGCGGUGUUUGGUUCCCCCCGAGCUCACGGGUUUUAACAUCUAUUGCUGUAACCACAACAAAGCCCACCUCUUCUCCAAGCUGGCCUAUUGCUACAUUUGCUUUGUGGCCGUCUACGGGAUGUUAUGCAUCUACACGCUCUACUGGCAGUUCCACCGCCCUCUGAGGGUCUACUCCUUUGAGCAUGUCAGGUUAGAGACGGGAAUCAACGACAUACCGGACGUGAAGAAUGAUUUCGCCUUCCUGCUUCAUCUGGUAGACCAAUACGACGACCUCUACGCUAAAAGAUUCGCUUUCUUUCUAUCCGAGGUGAGCGAGAGCAGACUCCAUCACCUCAACCUCAACUACGAGUGGACCGCCAAAAAGCUGCGCGCCCGUCUGGCUAAGAAUGCCAGUGACCGACAGGAGCUACACCUGGUUCUGCUGCCCGGACUUCCUGACACUGUCUACGAGCUGGUUGAGAUAGAGUCGCUGAAACUGGAGCAGGUCAAAAAUGUCACCAUCUCGGCUAGCGUGGCUAAGCUAGAGAGUCUUCAGGAUCUGUCACUGAUUUAUUGCCAGGCCAAGGUUCAGCUGCCAGCCUUGAAGCACCUCAAAGAACAAUUGAAGUUCCUGCGCCUGUGCUUUGAAAGUCUAGAUGAGGUUCCCGAAUGGAUGUACCACCUGCAAAGACUUGAGGAACUGCAUCUGAACGGGCCGUUAACCAACGAGAUGGCCCGAAGUGGCACCCUGGACUCCCUUCGAGAGCUCACAGCCUUGAGGGUCCUCACCCUGCGCUCCAACCUCACAAAGAUCCCGGCCAGCAUCAGCGACGUCGCACAGCAACUACAGCGUUUGAGCAUCUACAACGAAGGGACCAAGAUCCAAGUCUACAGCAGCCUUAAGAAGCUGACCAACCUGGUCUCGCUGGAGUUGGUGGGCUGCGAGCUGGAGCGUAUCCCGAGCGCUGUCUUCAGCCUGAGUAAUCUGCAGGAGUUGGACCUGAAGGAAAACAAGCUAACCACGGUGGAAGAGAUCCUGAGUCUGCAGCACUGCCAGCGGCUGGUGACGUUGCGCCUGUGGCACAACAAAAUCACCUAUAUCCCCGAUCAUAUCAGCAAGCUGCACUCUCUGGAGACUCUGGACGUUAGCUGGAAUAAGCUGCGAAAGCUGACCCCGCGGUUGUUCUACUGCACCAAGCUGAGGCACUUGGACAUCUCGCACAACCAGUUGACCGGCAUCCCGCCCGAAGUGGGCAUCCUGCAGGGGCUCCAGUUCUUCUCCGCUGCUUUCAACUCAUUAGAGACCCUACCGGAUGAGCUGUUCUCCUGUAAAAGACUAAAGACUCUGAUUCUCGGAAACAACUGCCUGUUCUACCUCAGCUCCAGGGUGGCCAACCUGACCCAACUAAUACGACUGGAGCUCAAAGGAAACCGUCUGGACGCGCUACCUGUGGAGGUAGCGGACUGUCCCCUGCUAACGAGCAGCGGGCUCGUCGCGGAGGAAAACCUGCUGGACUUGUUGCCGUCAAAUGUGCGCACAAGGUUGACUAGUACCUGAGUUGGUCCGAACUCAGGCUUUUCACUGACUUGUCUUCAUUUGACAGUGGUCCCAAUUUUGUCUCAUUUUCGAUCGAUUUACACUGCAGGUACAGGUGACCAAUUUUUAGGAAACCUAUGACUUAAACCUUUGUGCUGAAAUCUGGUUAUUUUUGCCAAAAAUGUGACUUUUCUUUCCUGUCCAAAACGUGCAACCAUACAUGUGUUUAAAUGUAAAAUGGCCAAUAGAUUGUGAUUGGUGUACAGAUUUCUUUGUGAUUGCUUAGUUGCUACAAAAGAAGGCCUUCUUUUGUAGCAACUAAGCACAUUUUUAACAAUAUGGAGUCUGUUUUGGGGGGUAAUAAGUGUUUCCCACAGUGUCACAUUGCCGCUUUUCAGGUGGCAAACAAGCGGAGGGAGACUGUGAAGGGAGCUUUUCUUUGCACAGUAUAAUAGAGGUGCCCUUUUCAACCUGACAGAGAAGAAGAAGACGGAAUUCAAACAUUUAAAAUGAGUCAAUAAGUGUCAAAGAUGUGGUGGUACAUUAAUCUCUGUAUUUUUUUUUUAUAUAUAAUUUUAUUCAUCAUGUGUUACUGAGAAAGGUUUGCAUUGUUUUUGUUCUUCUUUUACUACCUCUGCAGCAUUUACUAUUGUAAUUGAGUGAAAUGUAAAAAGAUCAAAUAAACAAUGUUGUAAAACCUU